AUGGAAAAAUCUCUUCUCUUUCACGUCUCUUGUUUUCUUCUCUUCUUUCUCUUAACCAUCAAUGGCGUUCACACUAGCUACAUACUCUGCGGCGACGAAAACUUCUCUCCAAACACAACCUACGGCGAAAACCUCGAAGAUCUCUUGCCUACUCUUGCUUCAAACGUUAUCGAAAAACGCGGUUUCUACAACGCUUCUCUAGGCGGAGUUUACGCUCUUGCUCUUUGUCGAAAAGACUACGAGGAUCGAGCUUGUCGUCGUUGCGUCGAGAGAGUAAGUAGAAACCUGUUAACUCAAUGUCAAGGCAAAACUGAAGCAUAUCAAUGGGAUUCCGAAAACGAUCAAAACGUUUCUUGUCUUGUACGUUACUCAGCUAGCCCUACAUUUGGUAUACUAAAGCUUGAUCCACUCGUGAGUGUUCCUCACGCGAGUGUUCCUCCAACUACGAAUCUGACCCGUUUCACAAAAGAGUUUAUCGCGAUGGCUAAUCGAACGCUCAAGGUUGCAUCCAAGGCUGAUGAGUCUUCGGUUUUGAAGUACUAUGGAGUCUCAAGUGCAGAGUUUACAGAUUCUCCUGAGGUUUAUAUGUUGAUGCAAUGCACACCUGAUUUAUCUUCUAGUGAUUGUAAUCAUUGUCUGAGAGAGAGUCUUACGUAUAAUCUAGAAGAUUACUGGGGAAAAAUUGGGGGAACAAUUAUUCGACCUAGUUGUCAUUUCCGAUGGGAUUUGUACUCUUUCAUAGGUGCUUUCGAUAAUCUACAGAGAGUUUCCGCACCUCCUCGACCUCCUCAGCCUCCUCCACAAGAUGCUCAGAUCAAGAAAGGAAGAAUUUUUCAACCAUGGAGCGUUGUGGUUAUCGUUGUUCCUACACUCAUUAAUUUCCUUGUGUUUCUUGCGUUUGUGCUUGCUUAUCGCCGAAUGAGGAGGAGGAUUUAUGCUGAGAUCAAUAAAAAUUCUGAUUCUGAUGGUCAAUCUAUGUCAAGAUUUAAUCUUGGCAUGAUCAUGAUUGCAACCGAUGAGUUCUCACCGGAAAAUAAGCUUGGACAAGGCGGAUUUGGAUCUGUCUACAGGGGGAUUUUACCGAGCGGGCAAGAGAUCGCGGUAAAGAGAUUAGCUAGAGGUUCAGGACAAGGAGAUUUAGAGUUUAAGAAUGAGGUCUUACUCUUGACAACACUCCAACAUAGGAAUCUUGUUAAGCUUCUUGGGUUUUGUAACGAAGGAGAUGAAGAGAUUCUUGUCUACGAGCUUGUCCCUAAUUCAAGUCUUGAUCAUUUUAUCUUCGAUGAAGACAAGCGUUGGUUACUUACUUGGGAUGUGAGGUACAAAAUCAUAGAAGGAGUUGCAAGAGGGCUUCUCUAUCUCCAUGAAGAUUCUCAAUUGAGGAUUAUUCAUCGAGAUUUAAAGGCGAGUAACAUUCUCUUAGACGCUGAGAUGAACCCUAAAGUUGCAGACUUUGGGAUGGCGAGGUUGUUUAACAUGGAUGAGACUCGAGGAGAGACUAGCAGAGUAGUUGGAACCUAUGGAUAUAUGGCUCCAGAGUAUGUAAAACAUGGACAAUUCUCAGUUAAAUCGGAUGUUUAUAGCUUCGGUGUUAUGCUUCUAGAGAUGAUAAGUGGUGAAAGAAACAAGAACUUCGAAGCAGAAGGACUUCCAGCUUUUGCAUGGAAGAGAUGGAUCGAAGGAUUGCCUGAGAGUAUAAUCGAUCCUUACUUAAGCGAGAAUCCGAUAAACGAGAUCGUAAAGUUGAUUCAGAUUGGUUUGUUGUGUGUUCAAGAGAAAGCAGCAAAUAGACCAACCAUGAGCUCUGUAAUAGUUUGGCUUGCAAGAGACGGUACUUUGACAAUACCUAAACCUACAGAAGCUGCUUUCGUCACCGUUCCUUUCUCGGCGAAACUUACAAAUAGAUCUAUGAAUAAACCUAAAGACAAAGAUUCUGCGAUUUCAGUCGACGAUGUUUCGAUCACUGUGAUGUUUCCUCGAUGA